AUGGGUAAAGAGAAGACUCAUAUCAACGUCGUCGUUAUCGGCCACGUCGACUCCGGCAAGUCGACCACCACCGGUCACUUGAUCUACAAGUGCGGUGGCAUCGACAAGCGUACGAUCGAGAAGUUCGAGAAGGAAGCCGCCGAGUUGGGCAAAGGCUCCUUCAAGUACGCGUGGGUGCUCGACAAGCUGAAGGCCGAGCGUGAGCGUGGUAUCACGAUCGACAUUGCCCUCUGGAAGUUCGAGACUCCCAAAUAUUAUGUCACUGUGAUUGACGCCCCCGGUCAUCGCGAUUUCAUCAAGAACAUGAUCACUGGUACCUCCCAGGCUGAUUGCGCCAUUCUCAUCAUCGCCGCCGGCACUGGUGAGUUCGAGGCCGGUAUCUCCAAAGAUGGCCAGACUCGUGAGCACGCCCUGCUUGCCUACACCCUCGGCGUCAAGCAGCUCAUCGUCGCCAUCAACAAGAUGGACACCACCAAGUGGUCCGAGGAGCGCUUCAACGAGAUCAUCAAGGAGACCUCUUCCUUCAUCAAGAAGGUCGGCUACAACCCAAAGACCGUUCCUUUCGUCCCCAUCUCCGGCUUCAACGGCGACAACAUGAUCGACAACUCGCCCAACUGCCCAUGGUACAAGGGUUGGGAGAAGGAGACCAAGACCAAGACGACUGGCAAGACCCUCCUCGAGGCCAUCGAUGCCAUCGACACCCCAUCCCGUCCAUCCGACAAGCCUCUCCGUCUUCCCCUCCAGGAUGUCUACAAGAUUGGUGGUAUUGGGACGGUUCCCGUCGGCCGUGUCGAGACCGGCGUCAUCAAGGCCGGCAUGGUCGUUACCUUCGCUCCCGCUGGUGUCACCACCGAAGUCAAGUCCGUCGAGAUGCACCACGAGCAGCUCGUCGAGGGUCUGCCAGGUGACAACGUCGGCUUCAACGUCAAGAACGUCUCUGUCAAGGAGAUUCGCCGUGGCAACGUCGCCGGUGACUCGAAGACCGAUCCGCCAAAGGGUGCCGACUCCUUCAACGCCCAGGUCAUUGUCCUCAACCACCCUGGUCAGGUCGGUGCCGGCUACGCACCCGUCUUGGAUUGCCACACCGCCCAUAUCGCCUGCAAGUUCUCUGAGCUCCUCGAGAAGAUCGAUCGCCGUACCGGCAAGUCCAUUGAGGCCUCUCCAAAAUUCAUUAAAUCUGGGGAUGCCGCUAUCGUCAAGAUGAUUCCCUCCAAGCCCAUGUGCGUGGAGGCCUUCACCGAGUACCCACCUCUCGGCCGCUUCGCCGUCCGUGACAUGCGUCAGACCGUCGCUGUCGGUGUGAUCAAGAGUGUAGCUAAAUCCACAGCUUCGGGCGGCAAAGUGACCAAGGCUGCUGUCAAGGCUUCCAAGAAGUAA